GUCGCCUUUGUUGAUUCGUCCUAAGAAAAGCAAGAUGGCUAAUCUGGACGUGGAGGAUUUUAUUCAACAAAACAGAGCUGUCGCGGAUCAGGUAGAAACGUACCGAGGUUACUGGGAGAGUGACAAACACUGGCUGCCGAGGAGGGAGUUCAUCCUGCGGAACUUUAACGACUUCGAGGAUCCGCAUCUGGACCACCUGCUGGCCCUGUCCAUGGUGUGGGCUAACAAUAUCUUCAUGGGCUGUCGGUAUAGCACGGAGCUCUUGGAGAGAGUGAAGGAAAUGGCUGAAGGCAUCGUGGUGGAGGAUGCACCGGUCUUCAAGACAAGAGAUGAGAUUAUGAAGAAGCAACAGGGUCGAUGACCAACUCAGUUGCCUCGUCUCGUCCCUUGUGGUUGUGUCGGAUCAAGCCUGAGGUCUGGUGGGACUGAGCUGUAAUGAGCAUACAGGCUGAGCUUUUAACAAGUUGGAAAUCAUUUCAUGUGGCGUUCCAGUCCUACGCUGUUUAUUACAGGUGUGAUGAGUGUUUUUCAUCAUCGAACUACAAUGAUGGUGUAAGCUCAAAAAAUGUUUCUGUCAGCAUUUAAUUGUAUUACAACAAGAAUGUUUCGGCAGUCUGGGAGCCUCAUGGCUUAUCCAUUUUUUACACUUUUUUUUUUAAAUUGUAUUAAUCGAUUUUGGUAUUGUUUUAAUAAAUUUGAAUAAGACAAUUCUGGAUCUUGUCCUAAAGUCUGAAGCAAAAUAAAAAAUCUCAUGAGAUUGUA